AUGUCUCGAAAACGAAAACUCUCAGCGACUUCCAUCAAUACCAUGGAGACGUCCAACGAUUUGUUUCUGGGCGAUGGAGAAAAGGGAGCUCGUGCAAAAGUCACCAGCACCGUCAAAGCCUUUUUUGAAAACAUUGCUGGAUCUGGGACUGAUCCGACCAAUCCUGUCAUCAAUGGCGCCUCUGUCCAGUCACGGCCAUUUUUGGCCAGAGUCCUGGCCGAUAUUGCGUCCCAAGCACCUCGCUUAGGCGAGAAUAUCGGGCUCAUUCAUUCGUUGGUUGACACGACACUGUUCGAUGGCGGAAUUGUCGAUGACCGCCAAUAUCAGAUGGAGAAGAUUCUGCAGCUGGCAGCUUCACUCCCUGUCAACUCGAAGGCGCUAGAGGACCUAUCAAGCCAGUUUAUCAAGCUACUGUGGGAGAAUCUCGAGCAUCCUCCUUUGUCUUACCAGGGUGAUGAAUUCAAGUAUCGGACCGCCGAUGGCUCGAACAACAACAUCAUGUACCCCAACCUUGGUAAGGCCGGUUCCUUCUACGCACGUACCGUGACUCCCCAGACUCUCAAACCUGGGGUGUUGCCUGACCCAGGAGUUAUCUUUGACGCUGUUUUUGCACGCGGUGACGAACCACGAGAGCAUCCCAACCGAGUCUCCAGCAUGCUAUUUUACCUUGCUACGAUCAUCAUUCACGACUGCUUCCAUACAGAUGAGCGAAACCCAGCUAUUGUGAAGACCUCGUCUUACUUGGACCUGGCACCUCUCUACGGUAGCAACGAAGACGAACUGAAGAAGAUCAGAACCUUCAAAGAUGGUCUCUUGAAGCCUGACACGUUCUCCGAAAACCGUAUCCUGGGCUUUCCUCCAGGCGUCUCUGCUCUAGUAGUGUGCUUCAACCGCUUCCACAACUACGUCGCGAUGCAGUUGAAAGAGAUCAACGAAGGAGGCCGUUUCAAGAUCCCAACCAAUGACAAUGACACGAAAGCCAUCGCAAAGCUAGACAACGAUCUCUUCCAAACAGCUCGGCUGGUCACUUGCGGCUUGUAUGUCAACAUCAUCCUCACCGACUACGUCAGGACGAUCCUCAACCUCAACCGCACCAAUUCUACAUGGACGCUUGAUCCGCGAAAGAGCUUCGGUGAUGUUUUUGACGAGUCCGGCGCACCAUCUGGUAUAGGCAACCAAGUCAGUGUUGAGUUCAACCUGGUUUACAGAUGGCACUCGGCCAUCAGUAUCAAGGAUGAAAAGUGGACGAAUGAGCUAUACCAGUCAUUGUUUCCUGGAAAAGACGUUGCAACACUAACGGAGCAGGAGCUUGUCAUGGGAUUGUACAAGUGGCUCAGGAACGUCGAUCCAGAUCCUUCAAAAUGGCAACUUGACAUGGGUAAAUAUCAGAGGACUGAACGAGGAACGUUCCGUGACCAGGAUCUAAUCGACAUCUUAAGCGAUGCUACCGAAGAUGUCGCUUGUGCCUUUGGAGCACGCAAUGUGCCAGUGGUCAUGAAACUCAUUGAGACCUUGGGAAUGAAGCAAGCCAGAGCAUGGAAUGUCGCGACUUUGAAUGAGUUCAGAAAGUUUUUCAAACUGGAACCUCAUAAAACCUUCUCCAGCAUAUCCACAGACGACGAAGUUGCUCGUUCGUUGAAAGCACUCUAUGGUCAUCCUGAUUACGUUGAAUUAUAUCCUGGCCUGGUUGCCGAAGACGCCAAGGACCCCUUGGAGCCAGGUUCCGGCCUAUGUCCAGGCUACACGAUCUCGAGGACCAUCCUUGCUGAUGCCGUUGCUCUUACCCGGGGCGACAGGUUCUAUACAGUGGACUAUACGCCUGCAAAUCUAACAAACUGGGGCUGGUCCACCGUCAAGUCUGACCCCGCCGUUGCUCAAGGCGGUUGCAUUAACAAACUGUUGAUGCGUGCCCUGCCAUUUUACUAUCGCGGAAACUCAAUCUAUGCGAUGUAUCCGUUCACUGUCCCGGACGAGAAUCGAAAUAUUUUCGCCAAACUUGGUCAAGAGCAAGACUACAAUUUUGAUCGUCCGUCCUAUGUCCCGCCACCCAUAUCGAUCAGGUCAUGGAAAGCAGUGACCGACAUCCUGGGAGAUCAGUCUUCAUUCAAGGUGCCGUGGGGACCCCACACGUACUAUCUCACGCACCAUGACUACAUGCUCAGUGGUGACAAGCCAGCGAACGCCACUCAGCGAAAUGAAGUCCAGAAAGAUAUUUAUUGUCCAGUCAACGGACUGAAGCAGAUUCAGACGUUCUAUGAAGAUCUAACAACUCAGCUGGUCGUUGCGCGGUCUGAACGCCUGCGUGGCGAGUGGUACCAGCUGGAUGCCUGUAGCGACGUUGCCAAUCCGUCCCACGCUAUUUUCGUCGCCCGCAUGUUUCAUCUACCACUCAAGAAGCAUGGAGACCUCAAUCCGGCUGCGGUUGAGGUAGAUCAACUAUACCUUGCACUGUCUGUGCUGUUUGCCUACGUUUUCCUCGAUGGAGACACCGCCAGCUCCUUCAAGCUGAGAGUCUCUGCGAAAACCGCAACUGACCAGCUGGCAAAACUAAUAAAACUGGUCUGCGAAGCUGUCAAGGUUGGUGGGUUUUUCCGUCUUGGGGAGCUGUUCCCAACGAGCACAGCGGGACAACUUCUUGAGGACUAUGGCAUCAGGUUCCUGAAACGUCUCUUCGAGGGCGGCAAGACCGUCGAUGAAGUUGUGUGGACUAUCAUUCCUACCGCCGCCGCUGCGGUAGCCACUCAAGCACAACAUUUCACGCAGAUGUUGGAUAUUUAUCUACAGGAUGAAUACUACGACAAACACUGGCCGGAGAUUCAAAGAUGCGCAUGGUCCGACAACCCUGAGGACUUUGAAAAGCUGAAGGGCUACGCCCUUGAAGCCAAUCGUCUUGCACCCGCGGCUUUUGGACUGCUUCGACGGGCCGCAGUGGAUGCAGUCAUCGACGACAACGGGAACAAGGUUCAGAUUAAAGCCGGUGACCAGAUCUACACUGAUUUUAUCACUGCUGGGCUUGAUGAGAAAGCUUUCCCCAACCCACACACCAUUGAUCCGACUCGCGACCGAUCGUUGUACAUCCACCACGGUUGGGGUCCACACUCAUGUCUGGGACGUCCUAUCACAGAAGUAGCCAUGGCCGCACAACUCAAAGUCUUUGCAAAAUUGAAGAAUCUCAGACGAGCACCGGGUCCACAGGGACAGUUGAAGAAGACUAUCCCUACGCCCAACCCGACCAGUAGCGAUCCACAGCCGAACCCUGGCAGUGUGGCCGCAUUUAUGCUGGAGGACUGGAGCUCAUGGUACCCAUUCCCAACGACGCUCAAAGUUCAUCACGAAGGUCUGUUGAAAGACCAAUCAGAAGAACUUGCCGGUGAGACUGGCGUUCCCGGAAUCCAGGCAGACAUUCUUGACAGCGAUAUGGCGAUGGCCAAUGGCGCCGACGGAGACCACGUGGACGAUAAUACUGCCUAA